CAAUUAAUAUUCUUCCAAGCCAUCACUUCGUUUCAAUUAUAUGGACCCAAUAAAACACCUCACCUCAACCAUUCCAACAUCCACACUUACAUUAUUUGUGUCACUCUAAAAUUUCCCUACAAUAAUCUCCAAAAGAAAAUUUUCAUUCAUACCACACACAAAUAUAUUAUAUAUGCUUAUUUAGGUAAACAUGGAGGAAGAGUUAGAAGGAGAUUAUGUUUUGAGAUCAAUAAACAGCCUAAAAAUGAACAUUGGAUCUUCAAGUAGGAGGAGUUGGAAUAGUGAUAAUGUGUUUGAGAGGAAAAGCAAGAGGGAAGAUAUUGAUGAUGAGGAAGAGCUCAAGUGGGCAGCUCUUGAGAGGCUUCCUACUUUUGAUAGGCUAAGAAAAAGCAUUGUGAAACAAGUUGUAGAGAAUGGGAGAUUUUGUUAUGAAGAGGUUGAUAUAUCCAAUCUUGGUAUGAUGGAUAAAAAUAAACUCAUCAAUGGUGUGCUAAGAACUGUUGAAGAAGACAAUGAAAAGUUUCUCCUUAGGAUGAGGGAGAGGAUUCAUAGGGUUGAUAUAGAGAUACCAAAGGUUGAAGUGAGAUAUGAGAAGUUAUAUGUUGAAGGAGAAGCAUUUAAAGGAAGCAGGGGAGUACCAACACUUGUGAACUCUACCAUGAAUGCAAUAGAGAGAAUUCUUGGAGCAAUGAAGCUCGUCCCCUCAAAGAGAAGUGUUAUCAGAAUACUUCAAGAUGUUAGUGGAAUUGUCAGGCCAGCAAGAGUGACAUUGCUAUUGGGACCUCCCGGAUCAGGAAAAACUACAUUGCUGCAGGCACUUGCUGGGAAACUUGACAAAGAUUUAAGGGUAUCAGGAAGAGUCACUUACUGUGGUCAUGAGUUAUCAGAAUUUGUUCCACAAAGAACAUGUGCUUAUAUUAGUCAACAUAAUCUUCAUCACGGAGAGAUGACAGUAAGAGAGACACUGGACUUUUCCGGACGCUGCUCGGGAGUUGGAACAAGGCAUGAUCUAGCAGUGGAAUUGACAAGGAGAGAAAAGCAGGCAGGAAUCAAACCUGAUUCAGAGAUAGAUGCUUUCAUGAAAGCCACAUCAAUGGAAGGUCAAGAAACAAGUUUGAUCACAGAUUAUGUUCUUAAGAUUCUUGGAUUGGAAAUGUGUGCUGAUACUAUGGUUGGAGAUGAGAUGAGAAGGGGAAUAUCUGGUGGAGAAAAAAAGCGGUUAACUACCGGUGAGAUGCUUGUAGGACCUGCUAAAGUUUUCUUAAUGGAUGAAAUCUCAACUGGUUUGGAUAGUUCAACAACCUUCCAAAUAAUCAGGUUUUUGAGGCAGCUAGUUCAUAUCAUGGAUGUCACAAUGAUAAUCUCACUUUUACAACCUGCACCAGAAACAUUUGAACUUUUUGAUGACAUAAUCUUACUUUCAAAAGGUCAAAUUGUCUACCAAGGUCCGCGCAAAAAUGUUCUCAAUUUUUUCGAGAGUGUUGGAUUCAAAUGUCCAGAAAGGAAAGGAGUUGCAGACUUUUUACAAGAGGUUACUUCCAGAAAGGAUCAAGAACAGUACUGGUUCACAAGGGACAAUAAACCUUACCAUUACAUCAGUGUAUCUGAGUUUGUAGCUCACUUCAACAAUUAUAGCAUUGGACAACAACUUUGUGAAGAGCUAGGGGCUGGUUACGACCGCGCAAAAACUCAUCCUGCUGCAUUGGUUAAGAAAAAAUAUGGAAUCUCAAAACAAGAACUCUUCAAGGCAUGUUUUGCAAGAGAGUGGCUACUGACGAAGCGAAGUGCUUUUAUAUACAUAUUUAAGACUACUCAGAUUAUGAUAAUGUCUUUGAUUGCUAUGACAGUGUUUUUUAGAACAGAAAUGAAAUAUGGACAACUUGAAGAUGGGAGAAAAUAUUAUGGUGCAUUAUUCUUCAGUCUCAUUAAUAUAAUGUUCAAUGGAAUGGCUGAACUUGCAAUGACUAUUUUUAGACUUCCUGUUUUCUUCAAGCAGAGAGAUUUGUUGCUUUUUCCUGCUUGGGCUUUUGCACUUCCCAUAUGGAUCCUUAGAAUUCCUCUAUCUUUCAUUGAGUCAGGAUUAUGGGUUGUUCUUACUUAUUAUACUAUAGGGUUUGCUCCAGCUGCAAGUAGAUUUUUUCGUCAGUUAUUAGCAUACUUCUGCAUUCAUCAGAUGAGUCUAUCUCUGUUCCGAUUCAUUGCUGCUCUCGGAAGAACACAAGUUGUGGCAAAUACACUUGGUACCUUUAUACUGCUACUUGUUUUCUUACUUGGUGGCUUCAUUAUAGCCAGAGAUGACAUUGAACCAUGGAUGAUAUGGGGCUAUUAUGCUUCUCCUAUGAUGUAUGGUCAGAAUGCUAUUGCAAUCAAUGAGUUCCUUGACAAGAGAUGGAGUGCUCCCAAUUUGGAUCCAAGAAUUCCUGAACCUACAGUUGGAAAGGCUCUUCUCAAGGCUAGAAACAUGUUUACAGAAGACUAUUGGUACUGGAUUUGUAUUGGUGCUCUCUUAGGCUUUUCACUGCUUUUCAACAUUUGUUUUAUCGUCGCAUUGACAUUUUUGAAUCCAUUUGGAGAUUCUAAAUCCAUUGUGCUGGAGGAGGAAAAUGAGAAAAAGCAAACAACAAAUGAGAGUUAUGGUUCAAAAGCUAAAUCAUUUGAAAACAUUGAAAUGGAAGAAAGAAACAGCUCAGAGAGUGCAAUUCUCAAAGCACACACAACAACAACAACCAAGAGGGGGAUGGUGUUACCUUUUAGGCCACUGUCACUUGCUUUUGAUCACGUGAAUUACUACAUCAAUAUGCCAGCCGAAAUCAAAAAACAAGGAUUCGAAGAGAGCCGGCUCCAAUUACUAAGAGAUGUAAGUGGUGCUUUCAGGCCUGGAGUACUAACAGCAUUAGUAGGUGUAACUGGUGCUGGAAAAACCACAUUGAUGGAUGUUCUUGCUGGAAGAAAAACUGGUGGUUAUAUUGAGGGAAGCAUUAGCGUAUCCGGUUAUUCAAAGAAUCAAGCAACUUUUGCUCGAAUCAGUGGAUACUGUGAACAAAAUGAUAUCCACUCUCCAAAUCUUACAGUCUAUGAAUCUAUUGUUUUUUCAGCUUGGCUACGCCUUGGUAAGGAGGUCGACAAAGAAACACAGAAGAUGUUUGUUGAGGAAGUUAUGAAACUUGUUGAGCUACAUACAUUGAGGAAUUUUUUAGUAGGCCUUCCUGGCAUAGAUGGUUUAUCAACAGAACAAAGAAAGAGACUCACCAUCGCUGUAGAAUUGGUCGCCAAUCCUUCAAUCAUCUUUAUGGACGAGCCUACAUCAGGCCUUGAUGCUAGAGCUGCAGCAAUUGUUAUGCGUACUGUCAGAAAUACAGCGGAUACAGGGAGAACAGUGGUCUGCACAAUUCACCAACCAAGCAUUGAUAUAUUUGAAUCUUUUGACGAGCUGCUUUUGAUGAAGAGAGGAGGACAAAUAAUAUACAGUGGCCCCCUUGGUCAACAAUCUCAGAAGCUUGUUAAGUACUUUGAGGCUAUUCAAGGAAUUCCUAGAAUCAUAGAUGGAUUUAAUCCUGCCACAUGGAUGUUGGAGAUCACUUCUCCAACAGUUGAGUCUCAGCUUAGUGUAGACUUUGCAGAAUUGUAUAUUAAGUCAGAAUUGUAUCAGAAGAAUCAAGAGCUUAUUAAAGAGCUAAGCACACCAUUACCAGGAACAAAAGAUCUUAAUUUCGCUACUAAACAUUCCCAGUCCUUUAUUACUCAAUGCAAAGCUUGCUUUUGGAAACAGCACUGGUCCUACUGGAGGAAUCCACAAUAUAACGCCAUCCGGUUCUUCUUGUCGAUAUCUGUAGGCGUUAUUUUUGGACUCAUUUUCUGGAAAAAAGGAGAUAAAAUACACAAGGAACAAGAUCUUAUGAAUUUAGCAGGGGCUAUGUAUUCAGCUAUUUUAUUUCUCGGAGCCACCAACACUUCCUCAGUUCAACCUGUAGUAGCAGUAGAAAGAACAGUCUUCUACCGUGAAAGAGCAGCUGGAAUGUACUCAGCUCUUCCUUAUGCAUUUGCUCAGGUAGCAAUAGAAUGUGUAUAUGUUGCAAUCCAAACAUUUGCAUAUACCCUUAUCCUUUACACAAUGAUGGGGUUCCCUUGGCAAACUGAAAAGUUUAUCUGGUUCUACUACUUCAUAUUCAUGUCCUUUGUCUACUUCACACUUUAUGGAAUGAUGACUGUGGCUCUAACACCAAACCAUCAAAUUGCUGCAAUUGUUAUGUCCUUCUUUCUAGUGUUCUGGAACAUAUUCUCAGGUUUCGUUAUCCCCAAAUCGCAAAUUCCUAUAUGGUGGAGAUGGUACUAUUGGGUGUGCCCAACUGCUUGGACCGUAUACGGUCUAGUGACAUCACAGUUGGGUGACAACAAUACUCCAAUUGAGGUACCUGGAGCUGGAACAAUAUCUGUAAAAGCAUACCUCAAGAAACAGAUGGGCUAUGAAUAUGACUUCCUUGGAGUUGUUGCUGCGGCUCACAUUGCUUUUGUUAUAGUGUUUCUUUUUGUAUUUGCUUACAGCAUUAAAGUCCUUAAUUUCCAGAAGAGAUAAUAAAUAAUAGAGAAUUGAAAAAUAAAGAACAAGUAGUCAAAUGCUGAAAUUCAAAACUAUGAAACAUAGUUUAAGUAAUAUAAUUUUUGUGGAAUAGAAUGCCAUCAGUUGAUUAUUUAUUUCUUUUAGAA